CCGUGGAGACCAGCGAGGACAACGAGUCACUCACAACUUCUCCCAUUAACUUCUCCCAGUCCUCGGAGAGCAGCUCCAGAACCUCAGAUAAACAUGGAAGAAGAGGAGUCUUCAGCAGGUGACCAGAGACUGCAUUUCUUACAGGAACGUGUCCUCAAAACCCUGAGACUCAAACCAGACCGCUGGCAGAAAUGUCUGGCAGUGGAGGAGCAGAAACAGGUGAUUCAGGACUUCUUGGAUAAAUCUGACCACACGACCCUGGUGAUCUCUCUGACCGCCGCUGGACAGCUGAUACCCGCUGUGGACUUUGCGGUCUCUCAAAAGAAUAAAGCGGUUUAUUUUAUCAAACGAGGGCAGACCAGUCUGACCCCAGACUCUGUAAAGACUAAUGUAUACUUCGGAACCAUGUGCGGCCCUCCCUUGGAGCAAUUACCAGCGUUUGUGGAAGAGGUUGUGGUUCCAGUUCUGUGCAACACAAAAAAUCACUUUCACUGGCCAUGUGUUGUGUCUGAGGACCUCAUGCGACAUGCACAUGUCCUGAGGACCAGUGUGUCUGUGGUGGUGGGACAAGCCAAAGGAAAAACUGUCCUUCCUCUUCCUCCAGGAUCAGAGAGAAUUGAACAUGCUGCAUCUGAGAAAGAAAAGAGAGGAGAGCUGGUCGAUAAAAGCAUCAUCCACUCUAUUGAAUCUAUGGUGAUUGACUGGAGUCAUCAGAUCCAUGGUGUCCUCAAGAGAGAUUCAUCCGAGCCACUACUGGAAGGCACAAAUCCCACACCGCAAGUGGAGCUGAACUUUUGGAAAAACAGAUAUGCAGACCUGCAGUGCAUAAAUGACCAAUUCAAGUCACCUAAAGUGACCAAGAUGGCACAACUUCUGGACGUAAUAGAGAGCAGCUACUAUCCUGCUUAUAGAAACAUGGUACAGGAUGUUGAAAGAGCUCUGGAAGAAGCGACGGACAUCAAUUUGUUCCUGAAACCUCUGCAACGACUUACUGAAGAUCUGGAGAGCACUGAGUUCAGUAAUGUGAAAGAAAGGAUUGCCCCUCUCAUGCACACAGUUUGUCUAGUGUGGGCCAACUCUAAGCACUACAACACUCCAGCCAGAGUGAUCGUUCUCCUUCAGGAGUUCUGCAACCUCUUCAUUCAGCAGGCUCGCAGCCAUCUGAACCCUGAAGACAUUUUGAAAGGUGAUGUGGCAGAGAGCCUUGCUCAUGUGCAGACUACCCUGGACGUGCUUAUGCACUUCAAGAGUGUCUUUGAGGACAAACGCAACAGCCUGAGUCAGUACCAGAGAAAUGGAAUGGAGGUCAAGCCCUGGGACUUCUCUUCUUUCAUGGUAUUUGCCGGGCUGGACCGCUUCAUGGAGAGAUUAAAGAUGAUUGAGGCUUUGCUGCUGGCUGUGGUGGAUAUGAUGAAGCUUGAGAAGCUGGAGUUUGGAGGUGUUCGUGGAAGAUCACUCAGUCAGCAGGUUGUGUGGUUGCAUGAAGAGUUUCAGGAGAGAUUUAAAACAUUUGCAGAGAAGUCUUAUGACUGCCUAGAUGUUUGUAAUUUGGAGUUCGAGGCAGAUUUCAAUGACUUUAAACACAAGUUGGAAGACACAGAUCGACGCCUUGGUGCAAUUUUCUGUCAGGCUUUUGAUGACUCUUGCAACCUGGAGCAUGCCUUCAAGGUUCUGGACAUGUUUGGCAGUCUGCUGGAGCGUCCUCUGAUAGCAGCUGAUUCUCAGAAGAAGUACCCUGUGCUGAUCACAAUGUUUGACAAGGAGCUCAAUAACUGCAGAACCUUGUACAAAAAACACAUUCAGAGCGAAGAGGAGCUUGGUUACAGCCCUGUCAAUAAGAACAUGCCGGUUGUAGCGGGUGGACUGAGAUGGGCCCAGCAACUGCAGGAACGAAUACAGACCACGUACAACAGCUUCAGAUACGUUACUCAUCCAUGUAUGGAAUCGGAGGAAGGGGUGAAAGUCACACAGAAAUAUGACGCAAUGAUGCUUCUGCUCAAACAGUACACCUCUAAGCUGUAUGAUAGAUGGACAGAGUCUGUGGGGGAGAAGUCUCAGUAUAAUCUCAACCAGCCGCUGAUCUCCAGAGACCCAACCACCACACUCAUCACCGUUAACUUCAACCCUCAGUUGGUGUCAGUGCUGAGAGAGGUUAAGUACCUUAAGGCCAGAGAAUCUGAAGAUAUUCCAGACCUCACAGCAGAUAUUUACUCCAACAAGGAGCUGCUGUGGCAGUACGUGGCCAACCUGGAUCUAAUGGUAGGCUGGUACAACAAGGUGAUUGGGACAGUGCUGGAGGUGGAGUUUCCUCUGAUCCAGGACCAGCUGAGAACAAUUGAUCUUCAGCUCAAAGAGGCUGAGGACACGAUCAACUGGACAAGCAAUGGAAUCUGGGAGUACAUUCAGGGUGUUCGUGAAGCAGUACAUGACCUUGAAAAGAGACUGCAGAAAACCAAAGACAAUGUGGACGAGAUCCAGAGCAUCAUGAAGACGUGGGCUAAUCCUGUCUUUGAGAGGAAAGAUGGAAAAAAUGACUCUUUACUCAACCUGGAGGACAGACCAGAGCGCUUGGAGAAAACCUAUGGCCAGUUCCGUACCUCCGGGGCAAAGAUCCAUUUGUUACUGAAGAAUAACUUGUCACUUUUCAAAGCCGACCCUUCCUCAGAUGAAUGGAGGUCGUAUGUGGAAUACAUUGAUGAAAUGGUCAUAGACGGCUUCUUCAACAGCAUCGAUAGUUCCCUAAAGUUCUUUUUGGACAAUACAGACCAGAAGCCUGGAUUGGCUCCUCUCUUUGAAGCUCAGCUAGACCUGCAGGUUCAUGAUUUGGUGUUUCAUCCAUCUCUGGAGUUUGGGGCUUCUGAUGGCUUCUAUGACUUAGUGGAGAGCCUCAUCAACGAUGUGUACAGGAUUUCCUCUCUAGUGCCAAGGCUGGCUGAACAUAGCAGCUUUCCACACUAUCAGGCUGAUAUGGAGGACAUGGCGGACCUUGCAGACAUGCGUCAGCUGCUAAUGGAGCGUGUGCACAGGGUCAUGGCGCAGUGCUGCGAGCACCGGAACGCGUUUGAACGCUACGCCUACCUCUAUGUCGACGACAGAAAGGAGUUUAUGAGGCAGUUCCUGCUUUAUGGCCACGUUCUCACAACCGAGGAGAUCGAGGCUCAUGCUGAUGAAGGGGUUCCGGAGGACCCUCCCACUCUGGAGCGCUUUCGAGAACAAGUGGACUCCUAUGAGAGGAUGUAUGAAGAAGUGCAGAAGCUCGAGCCUGUUCAUGUGUUCGAGGGCUGGAUGAGGGUGGACGCCCGGGCCUUUAAGAGUGCUCUGCUCAACAUCAUCAAAAAGUGGAGCCUCAUGUUCAAACAGCAUCUUAUCGAUCACGUAACAAACAGUCUGUCAGAGCUGGAGGAAUUUAUUAAGUGCACUGAGGGUGGUCUCGGUAUAAAAGUAGAGGAGGGGGAUUACGCUGGCCUGGUAAAGGUUAUGGGCCACUUAAUGGCAGUGAAAGAGAGGCAGGGCGCCACAGAUGAAAUGUUUGAGCCGCUGCAGCACACCAUUGAUCUCCUGAAGACGUAUGAGCAGGAACUGCCAGAUGUGGUGUACAAACAGCUUGAGGAGCUUCCAGAAAAGUGGAUUAACAUGAAGAAGCAAGCCGUAGUGGUGAAGCAGCAUGUGGCUCCGCUGCAGGCCAGUGAAGUCGCUAACCUACGCAGGAAAUGCGCCACAUUUGACGUGGAACAGUUCAAAUUCAGAGAACACUUUCGCAAAAAUGGUCCAUUCAGGUUUGACAUUGUAAACCCGUACGAGAUGUUGGACACCACCCACAAACAGAUUCAGGAGAUGGAGUCCAUCAUGGCGAAACUCAUUGAGUCAGCUGGCCUGUUUGAAGUCAACAUCCCUGACUACAAACAACUCAAACAGUGUCGUAAAGAGGUGUCGAUUCUCAAAGAACUCUGGGACGUGGUCUCAGUGGUCCGGUUUAAUCUUGAAGCAUGGCGGACCACCCCGUGGAGAGAGAUCAACGUGGAAGAGAUGGAGUUAGAGUGCAAGCGUUUCUCCAAAGAGCUGCGCUUGCUAGAUAAAGAGGCCCGAGCGUGGGAUGCCUUCUGCGGUCUCGACAGCACCGUGAAGAACACCCUGACAUCCCUUCGUGCUAUAGCCGAGCUCCAGAACCCGGCCAUCCGGCCCAGACACUGGCAGCAGCUGAUGACGGCCACGGGGGUCCGCUUCAGCAUGGACGAGGACACCACGCUGACUGACCUGCUGAACCUCAACCUGCACCACUUCGAGGAUGAGGUGAGGGCUAUCGUGGACAGAGCUGUGAAGGAGAUGGGCAUGGAGAAGGUGCUGACUGAGCUGGACGCUACGUGGACAGCGAUGGAGUUUGGCUACGAGUCUCACCCAAGGACUAGUGUUCCUCUUCUUAAAUCAGAUGAGGACCUGGUUGAGACACUUGAAGACAACCAGGUGCAGCUGCAGAACCUCAUGUCCUCCAAGCACGUUGCCUUCUUUCUGGAAGAAGUGUCAUCAUGGCAGAAGAGACUGUCUGUGGCCGACUCGGUCAUCUCUAUCUGGUUUGAGGUGCAGAGAACCUGGUCACACCUGGAGAGCAUUUUCAUUGGCUCAGAAGACAUUCGCUCACAGUUACCUGAGGAUUCCAAGCGCUUUGAAGGAAUUGAUACAGAUUUCAAAGAGCUGGCUUAUGAUGCACAUAAAACGCCCAACGUUGUGGAGGCCACCAAUAAACCCGGGCUCUACAGCAGACUGGAGGACAUUCAGGGCAGGCUGGCUCUUUGUGAGAAGGCUUUGGCUGAGUAUCUGGACACCAAACGCCUGGCUUUUCCCAGGUUCUAUUUCAUCUCCUCUGCUGACCUGCUGGAUAUUCUGUCCAAUGGCACUGACCCUCAUCAGGUUCAGAGACACCUGUCCAAGUUAUUUGACAACACAGCGAAGAUGAAGUUUGAAACCGAUGCCGAUGGCAAGCCUAGUAAGACGGGCAUCGGGAUGUUCAGUAAGGAGGAGGAGUACGUUCCAUUCAAUGAACCCUGUGACUGCACCGGCCAGGUUGAAAUGUGGCUGAAUCGAGUUCUAGACACAAUGCGGGCUACCGUGCGGCACGAGAUGACGGAAGCGGUUGUAGCCUAUGAAGAUAAGCCCAGGGAACAGUGGCUGUUUGAUUAUCCUGCUCAGGUUGCUCUCACUUGUACUCAGAUCUGGUGGACAUCUGAUGUGGGUUUGGCCUUCUCCAGGCUGGAAGAAGGCUAUGAGAAUGCAAUGAAGGAGUACUAUAAGAAACAAGUCAGCCAACUCAACACCCUCAUCACUAUGCUGAUUGGGCAGCUCAGCCCUGGAGACAGGCAGAAGGUCAUGACCAUCUGCACCAUAGACGUCCACGCCAGAGACGUGGUGGCAAAGAUCAUCGCUCAGAAGGUGGAGAACUCUCAGGCCUUUGUGUGGCUGUCUCAGUUGCGCCACCGCUGGGACGAGCGUGAGAAACACUGCUUCGCCAACAUCUGUGACGCCCAGUUCCUCUACUCCUACGAGUACCUGGGCAACACGCCACGUCUCGUCAUCACACCGCUCACAGACAGAUGUUACAUCACCCUGACCCAGUCACUGCACCUCACUAUGAGUGGAGCCCCAGCUGGUCCAGCCGGAACGGGGAAAACGGAGACCACGAAGGACUUGGGCCGAGCACUUGGCAUCAUGGUCUAUGUGUUCAACUGCUCGGAGCAGAUGGACUACAAGUCCUGUGGAAACAUCUACAAAGGCCUGGCCCAAACGGGCGCCUGGGGCUGCUUCGACGAGUUCAACCGGAUCUCUGUGGAAGUGCUGUCUGUGGUUGCCGUGCAGGUUAAAAGUAUCCAGGAUGCCAUUCGAGACAAGAAGAAGCGCUUUAACUUCAUGGGUGAGGAGAUAAACCUGUUCCCUUCAGUGGGAAUAUUCAUCACCAUGAAUCCGGGCUACGCUGGCAGGACGGAGCUGCCUGAGAAUCUCAAAGCACUUUUUCGGCCCUGUGCCAUGGUAGUGCCAGACUUUGAGCUGAUCUGUGAGAUCAUGCUGGUAGCAGAGGGCUUUAUUGAGGCCAGACUGCUGGCAAGGAAAUUCAUCACUCUCUAUCAACUCUGCAAGGAGCUGCUGUCCAAACAGGACCACUAUGACUGGGGUCUGCGGGCGAUAAAGUCUGUGCUGGUGGUGGCUGGCUCUCUGAAAAGAGGCGACCCUGAGCGGCCGGAGGAUCAGGUGCUAAUGAGGGCCCUGCGAGAUUUCAACGUGCCGAAGAUCGUGACGGACGACAUGCCAGUCUUCAUGGGCCUGAUCGGGGACCUGUUCCCUGCUCUGGACGUGCCCCGAAAGAGGGACCUGGACUUUGAGAAGUUUGUCAGAGAGUCGGUGCUGGACCUGAAGCUGCAGGCUGAAGACAACUUUGUACUGAAGGUGGUGCAGCUGGAGGAGCUGCUGGCCGUGCGCCACUCCGUGUUUGUGGUGGGAAACGCCGGCACCGGAAAGUCUCAGGUGCUGAAGUCCCUGAACAAGACCUACCAGAACAUGAAGCGCAGGCCGGUGUGGGCUGACCUUAAUCCCAAAGCCGUCACCAACGACGAGCUGUUCGGUAUUAUUAACCCGGCCACAAGAGAGUGGAAAGAUGGCCUGUUUUCUAAUAUCAUGCGUGAGUUGGCCAACGUCAGCCAUGCCGGGCCCAAGUGGAUUGUGCUGGAUGGCGAUAUUGAUCCGAUGUGGAUUGAGUCUUUGAACACCGUAAUGGACGAUAACAAGGUGCUGACUCUGGCCAGUAAUGAGAGGAUUCCUCUGAACCCCACGAUGAGGCUGGUGUUUGAGAUUAGCCACCUCCGCACUGCUACACCUGCUACUGUCUCCAGAGCCGGUAUAUUAUACAUCAAUCAAGCGGACUUGGGCUGGAACCCACCAGUGUCGAGUUGGAUUGACAAGAGAGAGAUUCAGUCAGAGAAAGCCAAUCUCACCAUAUUAUUUGACAAGUAUCUCCCAGCGUGUCUGGAUACCCUGCGGUCAAGAUUCAAGAAGAUCAUCCCCAUCCCAGAGCAGAGCAUGGUCCAGAUGCUGUGCCACCUCCUAGAGUGCCUGCUCACCCCAGAGCACACUCCACCAGACUGCCAUAAAGAACUUUAUGAGCUGUAUUUUGUCUUUGCUGCCAUCUGGGCCUUUGGAGGGGCUCUGUUCCAAGAUCAGCUGGUGGAUUACAGAGUGGAGUUCAGUAAGUGGUGGGUGACCGAGUUCAAAACCAUCAAGUUCCCCUCUCAAGGCACAGUGUUCGACUACUACAUCGAUCCAGAGACUAAAAAGUUUGAGCCCUGGUCCAAGAUGGUGCCUAGAUUUGAAAUGGAUCCAGAAAUACCUCUGCAGGCCUGUCUGGUUCACACCACAGAGACUAUAAGAGUGAGCUACUUCAUGGAGCGACUGCUGGAGAGGAGACGUCCCAUCAUGCUCGUGGGAAAUGCCGGAACAGGCAAAUCUGUGCUGGUGGGGGGCAAACUGGGCUCUCUGGACCCUGACAAAUACACCAUCAAAAAUGUCCCCUUUAACUACUACACCACUUCAGCUAUGCUGCAAGCUGUUUUAGAGAAGCCUUUGGAGAAGAAGGCGGGAAGAAACUACGGUCCCCCGGGAAGCAAGAGGCUCAUCUACUUCAUAGAUGACAUGAACAUGCCGGAAGUGGAUGCCUACGGCACGGUGCAGCCACACACGCUCAUCCGUCAGCACAUGGACUACAACCACUGGUAUGAUAGGAGUAAGCUGCAGCUGAAGGAGAUCCACAGCGUGCAGUACGUGUCCUGCAUGAAUCCAACUUCAGGCAGCUUCACUAUUAACCCACGCCUGCAGCGCCAUUUCUCCGUGUUUGCGCUGUCCUUCCCUGGAGUGGACGCCUUGAACACUAUCUACUGCAGCAUCCUGGGUCAGCACCUGAGCAGGGAAGGUUUCAGCGCCGUGGUCCAGAAGAGCGGCCCACAGCUCGUCCAGCUGGCCCUGGACUUCCACCAGCGCGUGACUGCUACCUUCCUGCCCACGGCCAUCAAAUUCCACUACAUCUUCAACCUGCGUGACCUCUCCAACAUAUUCCAGGGCAUGCUAUUCUGUAAAAGUGAGUGCAUGAAGACUCCGCAGGACUUGGUGAAGGUUUACCUCCACGAGUCCAACCGGGUUUACCGAGACAAGAUGGUGGAAGACAAGGACUUUUCCACCUUUGACAAGCUGCAGUCGGAGAUGGUGGGCAAGUUUUACGAGGAUAUGGAGGAGGCCCUGGAGGAGGCCAAGGUGAUGAAUAUGUACUGCCACUUCGCUCUGGGCAUCGGCGAGCCCAGAUAUAUGCCUGUGCAGUCCUGGGAGAGCCUCAACAAGACUCUACUGGAGGCACUCGACAGCUACAAUGAAGUCAACGCAGCGAUGAACCUUGUCCUUUUCGGGGAUGCCAUGUCUCAUAUCUGUCGCAUCAACCGGAUCCUGGAGUCUCCCCGGGGGAACGCUCUGCUGGUUGGGGUGGGAGGCAGCGGCAAGCAGAGCCUCACCAGACUGGCAGCCUUCAUCAGCUCCCUGGAGGUGUUCCAGAUCACGCUGAAGAAGGGAUACGGCAUCACGGAUCUCAAGAGCGAUUUGGGCGCGCUGUGCAUCAAAGCCGGGGUGAAGAAUAUUGGCACGGUGUUCCUAAUGACAGAUGCCCAGGUUGCAGAUGAGAAGUUCCUCGUGUUAGUCAACGACCUUUUGGCAUCUGGUGAAAUCCCAGACCUGUAUCCUGAUGAUGAGGUGGAGAACAUCAUCAAUAGUGUGAGGAAUGAAGUGCGUGGCCAAGGCCUUCUGGACAGCAGGGAGAACUGCUGGAAGUUCUUUAUUGAACGCGUCCGCCGACAGCUCAAGGUGGCUCUAUGCUUCUCCCCAGUGGGCAGCAAGCUGAGGGUGCGCAGCCGGAAGUUCCCAGCGGUGGUGAACUGCACCGUCAUCGACUGGUUCCACGAGUGGCCACAGGAGGCAUUGGAGUCUGUCAGCCUGAGGUUCCUACAGGAGGUGGAGCACAUUGAGCCAGAGGUAAAGGACUCUGUGAGCAAGUUCAUGGCCUACGUCCACGUCAGCGUGAACAAGACCUCCAAGGACUACCUGGCCAACGAGAGACGUUACAACUACACAACACCGAAGUCCUUCCUGGAGCAGAUAAAGCUGUACCGCAACCUGCUGGCCCUCAAGAGGAAAGACCUCACCAUGAAGAUGGAGCGCCUUGAAAACGGCCUGCAGAAGCUCAACAGCACCUCUGCUCAGGUGGACGACCUGAAAGCCAAGCUGGCGGCUCAGGAGGUGGACCUGAAGCAGAAGAACGAGGACGCGGACAGGCUGAUCCAGGUGGUGGGCGUGGAGACGGAGAAGGUGAGCCGGGAGAAGGCCGUGGCUGAUGAGGAGGAGGAGAAGGUGGCCAGCAUCGCCGUGGUGGUGACCCGGAAGCAGAAGGACUGCGAGGAGGAUCUGGCCAAGGCAGAGCCUGCUCUCAUAGCAGCCCAGGAGGCUCUCAACACACUCAACAAGAAUAACCUGACAGAGUUGAAGUCUUUUGGGUCUCCGGUGGCUGCUGUUACGAAUGUGACUGCUGCCGUCAUGGUCCUCAUGGCUCCCGGCGGCCGGGUUCCGAAGGAUCGCAGCUGGAAAGCAGCCAAGGUGAUGAUGGCCAAAGUGGACGCGUUUCUGGACUCGCUCAUGAACUUCAACAAGGAGAACAUCCAUGAAAACUGCCUGAAAGCCAUCCAGCCCUACCUGCAGGACCCGGAGUUUAAGCCGGAACUGGUGGCGGCUAAGUCCAACGCUGCGGCCGGCCUGUGCUCCUGGGUCAUUAACAUAGUGAAGUUCUACGAGGUUUACUGCGAAGUGGAGCCCAAGAGACAAGCUCUGAACAAGGCCAACGCUGAGCUAGCUUCUGCUCAGGAGAAGCUCUCAGUCAUCAAGGCCAAAAUCAAUCACCUUAAUGAGAACUUGGCGAAGCUGACUGCGAAGUUUGAGAAAGCCACAGCAGACAAGCUGAAGUGCCAACAAGAGGCCGAGACCACAGCACGCACAAUCUCCCUGGCCAACCGCCUGGUGGGAGGCUUGGCAUCAGAGAACGUACGCUGGGCCGAGGCAGUGAAUAACUUCAAACAGCAGGAGAGAACUCUAUGUGGGGACGUUCUCCUCAUCACUGCCUUCGUCUCUUAUCUGGGCUACUUCACCAAACGCUACCGCCAUGAGUUAAUGGACAACACCUGGAAGCCGUACCUCAGCCAGCUGAAGGUACCGAUCCCAGUCACUCCAGGGCUGGACCCCCUUUCCAUGCUCAUGGAUGAUGCGGACGUUGCAGCCUGGCAGAACGAGGGGCUUCCAGCAGACCGAAUGUCCACAGAAAACGCCACAAUCCUCACCAGCUGUGAGCGCUGGCCUCUCAUGGUGGACCCCCAGCUCCAAGGGAUCAAGUGGAUAAAAAAUAAAUAUGGAGACAAUCUCCAGGUCAUCAGGAUUGGCCAGAGAGGCUACCUGGACUCCAUUGAGAGGGCUUUAUCUGCUGGUGAGGUUGUGCUUAUUGAGAAUCUAGAGGAGGCUGUGGAUCCAGUGCUUGGCCCCCUGCUUGGUCAAGAAACAAUCAAGAAGGGACGCUACAUAAAGAUUGGAGACAAAGAGUGCGAGUACAACCCCCGCUUCCGCCUCAUCCUCCACACCAAGCUGGCUAACCCUCACUACCAGCCCGAGCUGCAGGCCCAGUGCACCCUGAUGAACUUCACCGUCACUCGAGAUGGCCUGGAGGACCAGCUGCUGGCUGCUGUGGUCAGCAUGGAAAGACCUGACCUGGAGGAGCUGAAGUCCAACCUCACGAAGCAGCAGAAUGGUUUCAAGAUCACUUUGAAAACUCUGGAAGACAACCUGCUCUCCCGCCUGUCCUCGGCGUCGGGAAACUUUCUAGGAGAUACAGAGCUGGUGGAGAAUCUGGAGAUAACUAAGCGGACAGCCGCCGAGAUUGAGGAGAAGGUGAAGGAGGCGAAAGUGACAGAGGCCAAAAUCAAUGAGGCGAGGGAGCACUACCGUCCGGCGGCCGCUCGUGCCUCUCUCCUCUACUUCAUCAUGAACGACCUCAAUAAAAUCCACCCCAUGUACCAGUUCUCUCUCAAGGCCUUCAGUGUUGUAUUCCAGAAAGCUGUGCUGAAGGCGGCUCCAGACGAGGCCUUGAAACAGAGAGUGUUAAAUCUGAUUGACAGCAUCACGUCCUCAGUCUUCCAGUACACCACCCGCGGCCUCUUUGAGUGCGACAAGCUCACGUACACGGCUCAGCUCGCGUUCCAGAUUUUACUGAUGAAUAAAGAGAUCAACCCCAGUGAGCUGGACUUUCUUCUGAGGUAUCCUGUCCAGCCUGGUGUUACAUCACCCGUGGACUUCCUAUCUCAUCACUCAUGGGGAGGGAUCAAGGCCCUUUGUUCCAUGGAUGAGUUCCGCAAUCUAGACCGAGACAUUGAGAGCUCUGCUAAACGCUGGAAGAAGUUUGUGGAGUGCGAGUGUCCAGAAAAAGAGAAGUUCCCUCAAGAGUGGAAAAACAAAACGUCCCUGCAAAAGCUAUGCAUGAUGCGGGCUCUGCGGCCAGACAGAAUGAACUACGCCAUCAGGGAUUUUGUGGAGGAAAAACUGGGCAGCAAAUACGUGAUGGGCCGCUCAGUGGACUUCGCCGUCUCCUUUGAAGAGUCUGGAUCUGCCACUCCCAUGUUCUUCAUCCUCUCCCCUGGAGUUGACCCCCUCAAGGACGUGGAGAAACACGGCCGGACAAUGGGAUAUACUUUCGACAAUCAAAACUUCCACAAUGUGUCCCUGGGCCAGGGGCAGGAGGUGGUGGCUGAGCAGGCUCUGGACCUAGCAGCCCGUGAAGGCCAUUGGGUGAUAUUACAGAACAUCCACCUGGUAGCUAAGUGGCUGGGAACCCUAGAGAAGAAGCUGGAGCAGCACGGGGAAGGCAGCAGCCAGAAUUUCCGAGUGUUCAUCAGCGCCGAGCCGUCUUCGUCACCCGAGGGUCACAUCAUUCCGCAGGGCAUCCUGGAAAACUCCAUCAAGAUCACCAACGAGCCGCCGCUGGGCAUGCACGCCAACCUGCACAAAGCCCUGGACAACUUCAACCAGGACACUCUGGAGAUGUGCGCCCGUGAGAACGAGUUCAAAAGCAUCCUGUUCUCUCUGUGCUACUUCCACGCCGUGGUGGCCGAAAGGCGCAAGUUUGGCCCUCAAGGCUGGAACAGGAGCUACCCCUUCAACACCGGUGACCUGACCAUCUCCGUCAACGUCCUCUACAACUACCUGGAGGCCAACAGUAAGGUGCCGUACGAUGACUUGCGCUAUCUCUUUGGCGAGAUAAUGUACGGCGGCCACAUUACAGACGACUGGGACCGCAGGCUGUGCCGCACCUAUCUGGAGGAGUUCAUCAAGCCGGAGAUGAUGGAGGGAGAGCUGUACCUGGCCCCGGGCUUUCCCCUGCCUGGCAACAUGGAUUAUAACGGCUAUCACCAGUACAUUGAUGAUGCACUGCCUGCCGAAUCACCGUAUCUCUACGGCCUGCACCCCAACGCUGAAAUCGGCUUCCUCACGCAGACGUCAGAGAAGCUCUUCCGCACCGUGCUGGAGAUGCAGCCCAGAGAUGCAGGAUCCGGAGAGGGCAGCGGCACCUCACGAGACGAGAAGGUGAAAGCGGUUCUGGAAGAGACCCUGGAGAAGCUUCCAGAGGAGUUUAACAUGGUGGAGCUGAUGGGGAAAGUGGAGGAGAGGAGUCCAUAUGUAGUGGUGGCCCUGCAGGAGUGUGAGCGUAUGAACGUUCUCACACAGGAGAUCAAACGCUCUCUUAAAGAGCUCAAUUUGGGCCUGAAGGGUGAGCUGACAAUGACCAAUGACAUGGAGAACUUGCAGAAUGCCAUCUACCUGGAUCAGGUACCGGACUCUUGGACGAAGCGGGCAUACCCGUCCAUGUGCGGUCUGGCGCUGUGGUUCACCGACCUGCUGAACCGAAUCCGUGAGCUGGAGAGCUGGAGCUCAGACUUCAACCUGCCCCCGGCCGUCUGGUUGGCCGGCUUCUUCAACCCACAGUCCUUCCUGACCGCCAUCAUGCAGUCCACAGCCCGCCGCAACGAGUGGCCCCUGGAUAAGAUGAGCCUGCAGUGCGACGUCCUGAAAAAGAACCGCGAGGACUUCAGCUCGCCGCCAAGAGAGGGAGCCUACGUGCACGGCCUGUUUAUGGAAGGAGCUCGCUGGGACACACAGGCUGGAGUAAUAGUGGAUGCCCGCCUGAAAGAGCUGACCCCAGCCAUCCCAGUGAUUUUCAUAAAGGCAGUACCUGUUGACAAGCAGGAGACGCGGAACGUGUAUCAGUGUCCCGUCUACAAGACCAGACAGAGGGGGCCCACAUACGUGUGGACGUUCAACCUGAAGACCAAAGAGAAUCCAUCCAAAUGGACACUGGCGGGCGUGGCCCUGCUUCUGCAGAUAUAAAAAAAAAGAAAAUUUCUAAAAAUCUCUCAGAAAACCAUAAAUUACAUAUUAGAGUUGCACAACAAAUUGUUUGUUAAUCAUAUCACAAUACUAGUCUUAGCAGUACUGAUUGCAGAAAAUAUAGGAAAUAUACAAAUAAGCUUUUUAAUUAUCUUUUUAUUUCUGUUGUGGCUGUUUUGAUUUGAUCUUAUUAUUUAAAGCAUUUGCACUGGAAUAAAAAUCAAAUCAGUUCAUGUAUGAAUGAAUGAAUUUCAACUUCUAGAAACCCAAGGACACUUUACAAUUAACACGUUUUACACACAAACACAUCACACAUUAACACUCAUCCACACACCGGUGAGAAGCGGCAGCCAACGGCGCACAGCCUACUCUCAACCGGAAACAACCGUCCACCUGGAGGACUGCAUCCAGCACUACAGCAAUUACCCAAGACAGAGUGCCAAUCCAUAUCUGGGCACACACUUACACUUACACACACACAAACCUACAUACAUACAUACCACACACUUUACACAUACACACCAGAUCAAUUUAGAGUAUUCCAUUUUUCUGGACAAUUUAGAGUAUCCAAUUUACCUGAUCUCCAUGUUUUUGGACUGUGGGAGGAAACCGGAGUUCCCAGAAGAAACCCACGCACACACGUGGAGCACAUGGAAACUCCACCCAGAUAGGGACUAGAACCCAAGACCCCAACACUAAAUUAUAAUAUAUUUAUGUUUGUUACGUUUGCGCUAGUGCGCCGCCAUUUUGCCCGUGCAGCACUGGUGACGUCACGAGGUUGGUUUGGUAAAAAAGGCCAGGUACACAGAUAGCGGUCACGGUCAGGGGAAAAAAAGAUUGUUGUUUGUGGAGAUUAUGGAUGAAGACGAAGCUGAACUAGGCUAACGUGGACCAUUUGCUCAGAGAUCUUUCCAGUAUAAACCUGAGCAGAAAUUUGAAAAGCAUUUCUGAGAGCGAGAGGUUUUGGAGGUGUCUAUUCUCUCUCUACGUGAAGUCCGUGCAGGAAGCCUGCAGCCCGUCAACAGCAGGUACUGCCAUCCCGUUAACUAGCUUAUUUAUAUACAUUUAGCUAAUUUAGCAUGUAAAGUCCUUAUCUCAUUAAGACUGAAUGAAACGUACAUGAUUUAAGUGGAUAUUAAAUCACGGGCGCUGUUUGGUUGAUAAACCGUUCAGUUUUCGUGACGUCACUUUCAGCGCUGGGACAGGAUGGCGCUGCGCUUACUUAAGAAAAUGACAUUUAGAUUGCUUAUUAUUUUAAUUCCGUUUCACUGACAACUGUUAAACCUAUAAGAUUUUUUAGAGUGAAAAUACAUCUUGUGAAUUAUACUAAAUACUUGAAGUGUUUCAUGUCCCCUUUAAUUACAGACGAUCACAACAGGGUAUUUCAUACGUCAUGCUGCCCUACUUUUUUCAUCUAACCUUUGAGAGAAAGUGCUAAUGUGAGCGAAAGUUGCUGCCCUGAAGGCACAACUGCAUUGUACUCUGCACCUUUACAUGGAAAUCUGUUACCUUGAAUAGAUUUUAUAUUAUAUAUUUUUUAAUCAAAUGUAUAGUUGAAUUAGACAAAUUGUAAAAAUUGCACUAAGUGUGUACAUUGACAAAAAAAAAUUAUAUUUAGUUAUAUGGUAAAGUGUCUCAUGUCCUUUAUCAUCUAACUGACUUGCUAUCUACACACCUUUUACACUUCCCAUAUACAUAAGAUGUACAAAUGUAAUUCUCUAGCCCACAACUGGCAUUAGUCACAUGGUGUGAACAGGUUUACGUUUUUCUACUCCAGAAGCUCUGAUUUUAUUAGUAAUACUAUACAGGGAAUAAACCAGCUGUGUGUGCAUUCGUAGGCUAUUUCAAAAAUGCCUGAAUGUAGCUGCACACCAAACAGCAGACACUAUGGUGUUCAUUGGUUUUUGUUACUACCUUAUUUUCAUUAAAAGGCAAUGUUUCACACA